AUCUGCGACCGCAAGUCAAUUCGAUUUUAUUUCCCAGGUUUUUAUGUUCGCAUCUUUGUUUUGGGGGAGAAAGCUUGGCCUAAAUCUGCGACCAGAAGUUCGCUGGUUUAUUGCUUUUGAUUCUAACACAGCAACGUGAGAAAGCUUAGGCGAACCAUUCAUGACAAAACGACAGUGAUUUAAUUUGCUUGCUGUCCGACCAUGUUUCGUGCAUAUACUUGAGCACUUGGCAGAUCUCAAGUCUCCUUGGAACUGCCCUGAUGGAAGGCCGGUCAUGCAUCGUUUGGUCAACUUGACGGCAAUAAGCAAAAGGUCUUUGAGAAUAUAAUCAUCAAUUUAAGAUGGUGCAUACAUGUUCAUAGUUACAUAAGCACAUCAAUAAACGAUGGUCCUGGAUGUUUAACAUUGAGAUGUCCUGAUCCAUCUUGUGGUGCUGCCGUCGGUCAAGACAUGAUAAGUCUAUUAGCGCCUAAAGAAGAUAAGAAAAAGUAUUCUCAAUAUCUUCUUCGCUCAUACAUUGAAGACAAUAGAAAGACCAAGUGGUGUCCUGCCCCUGGUUGUGAAUACGCUGUAGAAUAUAUUGCUGGCAGUGAAGGUUACAAUGUUUCCAGCCAAUGCUCUUUCAACUUUUGCUGGAAUUGUACAGAGGAAGCUCACCGUCCAGUAGAUUGUGGCACUGUGGCACAGUGGAUCAUGAAGAACAGUGCUGAAUCUGAAAACAUGAACUGGAUUCUAGCCAAUUCAAAGCCUUGUCCAAAGUGUAAGCGGCCAAUAGAGAAAAACCAAGGUAUGAUGAGGCUGAGAGAAGAAGAGAGAUGGCGAAAAACUCAUUGGAGCGAUAUACUCAUUAUUAUGAACGAUGGGCGAGCAAUCAAUCCUUGUUAAGGAAACCUCAUCAAAAACCCUUGUGGAGAAACAAGGCCUUGUUGCUGCUGCUGCAGGAUCUCACCCAAUUGAUCAAGACAGUGCUUUUUUGAGGAUGUGAGGUUUCCUGC